UGUUCGAAAAUAUUUAAAUUUCUAAUCCUUUGUAUUUUAUUUGAUAUUUUUGUGUUAUUAUUAAAUUUUUUAAAGAAUUCGGAAUAUCACAAAAAAUAAAUAAAAUAAAAUGGAAUCUUCUACUUCUUCAACCACACUCAACCUAUCAAGCUCUUCUUCACAAACUUUACGUUCACCACAUAAAAACUCACUUUCAUCCGAAUUAUUUAUUAACGCAGAAAUAUCAAAUAAAUUACAUUUACAUUCCACAACUCGAAGAAUAUUUAUAGGUCCAAAACCAAUAAAUUGGUCGUAUAAAAAAAAGUCAUUCUUUUUUCCAAAAAGUAUUUACGCUGAACCUCUUAAAAUUGUUAAAAAAAAACCUGCUCAAAGUGAUAGGAAUUGCUUACCUUCAUCGAAUGUAAUUAUUAGUAAACGUGAAAAGCGAGUAACUUUUAUUGCUUCAAGAGAUUCUAUUGGACCCACAAAUUUGUCUUCUUUAGAUUAUUAUGAAAUCAUUUCGAAAAGUCGAAGAAGCUCCGUUGAAAUAGUAACUGAUUCGAAAUUUUUAGUUUCCGAACCACAGGAUUUAGAAUCUGGUCCUAGCGGUGAAAAUAAAACUUCUGAGAUAUAUUAUACUCCGACUGAAAAUUUGAAUACAAACCCAAUUUCACCACCAAAUACAAAACACGUUCAAACUUAUUUUCCAUCACCACUUAAACUCGAAGGAAAUGAACCUGGGACGUCACGUGUUCCAUUUUCAGAUGUGAAUAAUGACGUAAAUUCAAAAGCUUCUGAGAGAUUUUAUACGCCAACUGAUAAUAAUGUAACCACGUCUGAAGAAUUUUAUACUCCAACUGAUAUUGUAACCACGAAUCCGACUACAGAAUCUCGUAACGUUUUUGAUGAACAAAUUGAUCAGGAAAGUGAUAAUAUAAAUCAUGAAACUAUUCCGUCAACUGAUGAGAAUUCAGAAAUAAAUAAUGGUGAUAAGCCAAAAUAUGUCAGAUUUUCUGAAUCGACUGCUACAACAAAACCAUCAAGUACAGUUAUAAAACAAGGUCCAAUGUUGGUAAGAAUUAAUUUUGAAGAAGAAUCUAAAGAACAUUUAGUUGAUUAUUUAAGUAAUCACUUUACUGAAUCAUCCAAUUGGAAAGAAUUAAUGGUGAAAUUAAAACCGGGUGGAAUUGAAUUAUGUGGAAGCAAGAAUAAAAUAAUUGAAAGUAUUAGGUUCACUUCCACAACAAAAUUAUCGCUGUUUUCAUCAUCAGAUUAUACCAUAUCAAUAUCACAGCCAACUAAAGAUUAUAUAAAAAAUUUUAUUCUAAAUCCAAAAACAAUUUCAUUAAGCAUUCAAUGGUAUCAAGCAAUAUACAAAUUAUUUCCCGAAUCUGUAAAUAAACCAAUACCUUGUACACUUGAUGUCAUUAUACCAGAUUUAGAUGUGAAAUUACGAAUUCCUCUUUGCGAUAAUAAUAAUGAGGAAGGGAGUGGAUGUAAUCAUGAAGAUAAUGAAGGAUCUACAUUGUUGAAUAUUAGCGCAGAGAAAGUAAUGAAUGUUGUUUUAAAUGAAUUAAGUGAAAUUACUGAAUGGGAUGAUGUAUUAAGUAAAUGGGUAAAAUCUAAUCAUUUGAGGUUAUGUUGGAAGAGAUAUGGGAAAUUAGAAUGGAUUGAUUUAAAGGAGAAUGGAGACGUUUGGAACGAUAUAUUAAAUUGUCCUCAAUUUAUUGAACAGACUCAUCAGUUACAACUAAGGCCAAUUGAACAUUAUCCUACAACCAUUAAGUUACGUGAUGGAACAAAAUUAACUGAACCACCACCGAUCGAAGGAUAUCUAAUUAAAAUAACGAACAAUAAAAGUCAAAAUAAAAAAUCAAAAAAGUUAUACUUUACUUCACAGAAUAAUUAUUUAUUCUUCCUAAAUCCACUAAAAGCAAGUCCACCUCCACCCCCAAACGUAUCCACUGUUACAACUGAUGGAGAUGGAAUUCAGUUUUGUGAUAAUACUCAACAACAUCCGUUAAUUUAUGCAGUUUCUCCUUAUAUCCAAGAUAAAAUUGUUGGUGAUAAUGAUACUUUUAUGAAGUCUGAUAUGAAAAGAAAAGUUAAACAAAUUUUACAUGCCAAUGGAUUUAUUGAUUUAACUGAAAUUGCUGAAAUCAAAUGUUUAAAAAAUGAUGGAAAAACCGAAGAAGACUUGGAAGAAAAUUUAAACGAAGAAGUGGAGGGAGAAGGAUGCCUCUUUAAACUAUUUCUGAAAAAUGGUGGAAUUGUUUCUUUGAAGGCAUAUUCAAAGCAAACACGAAAAGAAUGGGUUAAUCAUUUAAAUGAUCUCGCUAACUAUUGGAAAGAUAGAUUAAAACAAGAUGUGAGAAUAAAAGUUGAUAAUAUUAAAAUAAAUCAAUCAAUUUAUCUAGAAAACAAGAAUAAUGAUGAACUACAUAAUCAUAAUUGGGAAAAUUUUAAAUCUUACGCUGAUCCAUUUAUAUGGAAUUGGUGUAUAUUAGAUGGUUGUCGUGGAAUAACUAAAUCCGGAUUGUUAUAUCAUAAAAGACAUAAGCGGCAACCGUUUCAAAUUUAUCAUCACGUUCUAACACGUGGACACUUUGUUUAUUUUAAUCAACACAUGCGUUCCACAUUGACAGGAUGCGUAUUAAGCAGAAGUUAUUACAAGCGUAAAGGUUGUAUUAAUUUAAGAGAUUGUUACGUUUAUUCAGGUAGUAGUAUAACAGAACAUGAAUAUUAUAAAUCAAACUUACCACAGGAACAAAGUAUAGCUAAAUCAUAUAGUCAAGGUCCGUUGGCGAAACUUUACGGUGAUGGUAUGAUAUCUUAUGAUGAUUAUAAAGAAACUAGUUUCGUUAUUUGGAAAGGUAGAAGAAAAUAUUAUUUUAAUAAUGAUGGGAUGAAAAUUAGUAUGGAAAAAAUAAUUAAAUAUGAUAUCCCGGGAGAUUUUUGGAUUUUUAGGGCUAAGAAUAGAAUUGAACGUGAAGAAUGGGUUUGGGCACUUAAUGUUGAAAUUGAACGUCUUUAUGAGGAAGAAAAUGAUGAGAUUAAAUGAGCAUCAUUAUAUAUUUAUUUUUAUUUAUUAACUUAAUUUAAUUAAUAAUUAUUAUCUUAUUAAUUAUUAAAAAUUUGUUUAAUUUCA